AUGAAAGGAGACUUCGACUGCGGGGCAGCCCCGACUGGUACAGACGUUAGGGCGGGAGGGAGCCGCGUCUCGCUUACCCAGAGGAGCGCGGGCGCGGGGCUUUUCUCGAGGUUACGUAAGGCCGACCCCGGUGGCUGCCCCGGCCGGGAGGGCGCGUCCAUCGAAGAGGGAAAGGGGCGUGGGGACGGCGGCGGCGGCGGGGACCCCCGGGGCGUGAGUGCGGCGCCGCUGGCCGAGGUGGGCGCGGCGCGGCGCGCGGGAAGGGCGAGCCGCGGCCAGCGCGCAGCCGGGCGGACAGUGCCUUCGGGGGCUCGGCAGGCCUGCGAGAUGGCGCCAAGGAGGAACGCGCGCUGCUGGCGCCUACUGUGGCUGCUUUCGGUCUCUGCGCUUCUCCCCGCUGUCACCCGGACCCGCUCCGCGACAGAGUUGGCUUCCCAGGGCCACCUGGACCUCACGGAGCUCAUCGGUGUGCCAUUGCCCUCAUCUGUGUCCUUUGUCACGGGCUAUGGUGGCUUCCCAGCCUACAGCUUCGGGCCUGGUGCCAACGUCGGCCGCCCGGCCAGGACCCUCAUCCCACCUGCCUUCUUCAGGGACUUUGCCAUCAGUGUCACGGUGAAGCCCAGCAGUGACAGAGGCGGCGUACUCUUUGCUGUCACCGAUGCCUUCCAGAAGAUCAUCUACCUGGGCCUGCGGCUCUCGGGCGUGGAGGAUGGCCGCCAGCGGGUCAUCCUCUACUACACGGAGCCAGGCUCCCACGUGUCUCACGAGGCUGCUGCCUUCCUGGUGCCCGUGAUGACCCACAGGUGGACCCGCUUUGCGGUGGUCGUCCAGGGCGAGGAGGUGGUCCUCCUCUUGGACUGCGAGGAGCACAGCCACGUCCUCUUCCAGCGGUCCUCCCAGCCCUUGGCUUUUGAGCCCAGUGCAGGAAUCUUUGUGGGCAAUGCAGGAGCAACGGGGCUGGAGAGAUUCACCGGCUCCAUACAGCAGCUCACCGUCCACCCUGACCCCAGAAUCCCUGAGGAGAUGUGUGAAGCCGAAGAAUCCUCGGCUUCAGGAGAAGCCAGCGGGCUUCUGGAGACAGAGGGCGUCGCUGAGAUCUUGGAAGCUGUCACCUACACUCAAGCCCCGUCUAAAGAAGCAAAAGUUGAACCCAUAAACACACCUCCAACUCCAUCGCCUCCUUCUGAGGAUGCGGAGCUUUCUGGUGAGCCUGUACCUGAGGGGACUCCGGAAACCACCAACUUGAGUGUCAUCACGCACAGAAGCCCUGAGCAAGGGUCUGGUGAGGUCCUGAAUGACACACUGGAGGGAGUUCAUACUAUGGACGGUGCCCCCAUUACAGAUGUUGGCUCUGGGGAUGGGGCCUUCAUUCAUGUCACUGAAGAGGGUGUGCAUGCCGGAGAAGGUUUGGCAGCCACAGCGGCAGUCGGGGAGGCUGAGGUGCCCAGCAGCACCGCCAGGGAAGCAGAGACCAGCGGUGUGCCCACUGGGGGGCCAGCCCUCUCCUUGUCCACUGAGGUCAUGGGGGAAGGGGUCACUCUGGGUGCAGAUGCUGAAGAAGGCUCGGCAGCGGCUGCAGCUGGGGAGGCCGAGGUGCCCGGGAGCACCGCCGGGGAAGUGGAGACUGGCAGUGUACCCAUGGGGGGAGCCACCCUCUCCAUGGCCAUCCAGGACACCGGGGAAGGGGUGACACGGGUUGCAGUCGGUGAAGGAAUGUUCACAACACCAGCAGCUGCAGCAGAAGUGCCCCUCAGCACUUCUGAGGACGAGGAGACUCGCAGGGUCCCCACAGGUGGCCUGGUUCCCCCUACACCCACAGCGGCCCCUGAGCAAGUGGUUGCUUCUGGUUCUGGUGAUGAGGAGGACCUGGCAGCAGCCGCAAGAGAGGAGUCCCUGUCUGGGACUGUGGCCGAAGAGCUGGACAGCAGUCCCCCUGAGGGACCACCACUGCCCAUACCCACAGUGGCUUCUGAAAGAGGGGUUACUCCGGCCGAAGCUGGGGAGGGGCUUCCUGGCCCCCCUGAACCUGCCAGGCCUACCGGACCCACGGUGGGAGCUGAGGCCGAGGGCUCCGGCCUGGGCUGGGGCUCGGACGGCGGCUCUGGCUCUGGUGAGCCCGUGCGCGGUGAGGAGCUGUUAAGAGGUCCCCCGGGCCCCCCGGGCCCCCCUGGGAUUCCAGGAAAACCAGGAACUGAUGUUUUCAUGGGACCCCCUGGAUCGCCUGGGCAGGAUGGAGCUGCUGGUGAACCCGGGCCCCCGGGCCCUGAGGGACAGCCUGGAGCUGAUGGAGCCUCCGGCCUUCCUGGGAUGAAGGGAGAGAAGGGCGCAAGAGGGCCUAAUGGCUCAGUCGGUGAAAAGGGCGACCCUGGCAACAGAGGCUUACCAGGACCUCCAGGGAAAAAUGGACAAGUUGGCUCUCCUGGGGUCAUGGGACCCCCUGGGCCUCCUGGACCCCCAGGGCCCCCAGGUCCUGGAUGUGCAACGGGACUUGGGUUUGAGGAUACUGAAGGGUCUGGAAGCAUCAGGCUGUUACACGAACCCAGAAUUUCUGGACCAGUGGCUCCGAGUGGUCCCAAAGGAGAAAAAGGAGACCAGGGACCCAAGGGUGACAGAGGCAUGGAUGGAGCCAGCAUUGUGGGACCCCCUGGACCCAGGGGGCCGCCCGGUCGCAUCGAGGUCUUGUCCAGUUCCUUGGCCAACGUCACCCAUGGGUUCAUGAAUCUCUCGGACAUCCCUGAGCUCAUUGGGCCUCCGGGUCCGGAGGGCGUACCUGGGCUGCCAGGAUUUCCAGGCCCUCAAGGACCAAAAGGUGACACCGGUGUGCCUGGAUUUCCAGGACUGAAAGGAGAACAGGGCGAGAAGGGAGAGCCAGGUGCCAUCCUGACCGGGGACAUUCCUCUGGAACGGCUGCAGGGGAGAAAGGGUGAACCUGGAGUGCAUGGAGCCCCGGGACCAAUGGGGCCCAAAGGACCGCCGGGACACAAAGGAGAGUUUGGCCUUCCCGGACGACCUGGUCGCCCGGGACUGAAUGGCCUCAAGGGCGCCAAAGGAGACCGAGGGGUCAUGAUGCCGGGCCCACCUGGCUUACCCGGUCCUCCAGGGCCCCCAGGACCCCCUGGAGCUGUGAUUAACAUCAAAGGAGCUGUCUUCCCCAUACCAGUCCGGCCACACUGCAAAACGCCGGCUGACACCACUCAUCCUGGGAAUUCAGAGCUCAUCACCUUUCAUGGUGUUAAAGGGGAAAAAGGAUCCUGGGGUCUUCCAGGCUCGAAAGGAGAGAAAGGCGACCAGGGGGCCCAAGGACCACCAGGCCCUCCGGUGGACCCGGCUUACCUGAGACACUUUCUGAACAGCUUGAAGGGGGAGAAUGGAGACCGGAGGAUCAAGGGAGAAAAAGGAGACUCUCACGGUGACUUCUCUGUGUCGGGGCCUCCAGGCCCGCCAGGAAGUCCUGGCUUGGUUGGCCAGAAAGGGGAGACUGUCGUUGGGCCCCAGGGACCCCCGGGGGCUCCUGGCCUGCCUGGGCCUCCUGGCUUUGGAAGACCUGGAUCCCCUGGGCCACCAGGACCCCCAGGGCCACCAGGACCACCAGCGAUCCUUGGAGCAGCUGUGGCCCUUCCGGGCCCACCCGGCCCUCCAGGACAGCCAGGGCUUCCCGGAUCCAGAAAUCUGGUCACGGCAUUUAGCACCAUGGAUGACAUGCUGCAGAAAGCACAUUUGGUCAUUGAAGGGACGUUCAUCUACCUGAGAGACAGCACUGAGUUCUUCAUUCGGGUCCGAGAUGGUUGGAAGAAAUUACAGCUAGGAGAACUGAUCCCCAUUCCCGCUGACAGCCCACCACCCCCUGCGCUCUCCAGCAAUCCACAUCAGCCACCACCUCCGCUGAUGCCGCUUUCAAGUGUCGGCUACGAGAGGCCUGCACUGCACUUGGUUGCUCUGAACACACCAUUCUCCGGGGACCUUCGAGCUGAUUUGCAGUGCUUCCAGCAGGCUAGGGCUGCAGGGCUGUUGUCCACCUACCGGGCCUUCUUAUCCUCCCAUCUGCAAGACCUCUCCACGGUUGUGAGGAAAGCAGAGAGAUACAGCCUUCCAAUAGUGAACCUCAAGGGCCAAGUACUUUUCAACAAUUGGGACUCAAUUUUUUCUGGCCACGGAGGUCAGUUCAAUACACACGUUCCAAUAUAUUCCUUUGAUGGCCGAGACGUGAUGACGGAUCCUUCCUGGCCCCAGAAGGUCAUUUGGCAUGGCUCCAGCCCCCACGGAGUGCGUCUUGUGGAUAACUACUGUGAAGCGUGGCGGACGGCUGACAUGGCAGUCACGGGACUGGCCUCCCCACUGAGCGCAGGGAAGAUUCUGGACCAGAAAACAUAUAGCUGUGCUAAUAGGCUCAUUGUUCUGUGUAUCGAAAACAGUUUCAUGACAGAUGCCAGGAAGUAAUGACCUUCCAAUGAUUCCUAAGCGUUUUCCAGUUUUCCUUAUGUGAAGAGUUGACACUGAAAUCUAAAAGGUUUAAAUGUUGUAAAUAUUAGUUUUUUAUUACACAUUCGUCACAACAGCAACCAAAGAAAACAUACCUCAAUACACUCCAAACUGAAGACAUAAAGGACUCAGAUCACAAAUAAAAUCUGAUCCAUCUAUUGGUGCUAGAUUCUGCAGGAGACCCCGUGCAGUGUGAACACAUCCCAACACGGUUAAGAGCAAGUUGAAAACAAAGGCCUUGGCAUCCUGCCCCCUGCAUCCUUCAGAAAGUAAUUUCCUCCUUUAACCAUCGCUGCUGAGUGUCCUUCAUGUUUUCUCACAAAGUCAGUGUUUAGACAUGUUCCCCUUUCUAUGUGCCGACCGAACGCUUUACUCUUCAUGCAUCCGUAAUAUACAGCCGUCCUUGGCUGCUCAGACAGACAGACAGAACUGCUCGAAUGACCCCAUUUGGAUUUUCUGAUAUUACCAGCCUUAUUGUUUAUUUUCUAAAAUAUUAUUGCCAUCGUGCUUUAGGAGUUUUAUAUUUUUACCCAAUCAUAUUUUAGUAUGGCACCUGUUUAUAUGACUCUGACUUGCUGGAAAAGUGCAAACUCCAAAUGAUCUGCAACUAGAAGAGAAAUAGCGCAUAAUAACUACCUUUCCCUUGGUGGCCCUUCCCCCCGCCCCCACCCCCAAUUUUAUGACUUCCAUGGGGCAACUCUCGGAUUACAACUGCCGUUGAACCAACAGGUUCAUCAGGAUGAAUUUUUCUGAGACGCAUAUAUCUUCGUGCUGUAUACUUUGAUUUUUUUUUCCAUGUAAGUGAACAUAAAAACAGCUUUUCCAGG